CUGUUGUGUAUGUGCCAAAAUGUGCUAAAAAACGGCAAACGCUUGAAUCUUCAGGAAACCUUUGGACUUUUCUGUGAUUUUGCAGCCGAGCUCUGUAUAGUAUCCAAAAUGUUUGCCAGCAAUACGCGGACUCUGAUGCGCAGCAGCCUCCUGCAGCGAUGCAAGAGCACUUUGGUGGUGGCCGAGCAUAAUAACGAGGCUCUCAAUCCAAUUACCCUGAAUACUAUAUCUGCGGCCAAGAAGAUCGGUGGUGACGUCACAGUUCUGGUGGCAGGCACAAAAUGCGGACCCGCUUCCGAGGCUCUUUCCAAAGUUGAAGGCGUGACCAAAGUUCUGGUGGCCGAGAACGCUGCCUUCAAGGGUUUCACCGCGGAAUCGCUGACUCCCUUGGUCCUGGCCGCCCAAUCCCAGUUCAAGUUCACCCACAUCCUGGCAGGUGCUUCGGCUUUUGGCAAGAACGUGCUGCCCCGCGUGGCGGCCAAACUGGAUGUGUCGCCCAUUUCGGAGAUCAUUGAUGUCAAAUCGGAGGAUACCUUUGUGCGCACCAUCUACGCCGGAAAUGCCAUCCUCACCCUGAAGUCCAAGGAUGCCGUUAAGGUGAUCACUGUGAGGAGUACCAACUUCCCGCCAGCAGCCACCAGCGGCGGAAGUGGAGCCGUCGAGCAGGCCCCAGCUGGAGAUUAUGCCAGUAGCCUGUCGGAAUUCGUGUCCCAGGAGCUGACCAAAUCCGACCGCCCAGAGUUGGCCGGAGCCAAGGUUAUCGUUUCUGGAGGAAGGGGUCUGAAGUCCGGAGAUAACUUCAAGCUGCUGUACGAUCUGGCCGAUAAGUUUGGCGCUGCUGUGGGUGCCUCUCGUGCUGCAGUGGAUGCUGGCUUUGUGCCCAACGAUCUGCAAAUCGGUCAGACCGGAAAGAUUGUGGCUCCCGAGCUGUACAUCGCCGUGGGCAUCUCCGGCGCUAUCCAGCACUUGGCUGGCAUGAAGGACUCCAAGACGAUUGUGGCCAUCAACAAGGAUCCCGAGGCUCCCAUCUUCCAGGUCGCCGAUAUUGGAAUCGUGGCUGAUCUAUUCAAGGCUGUGCCAGAACUAACUGGAAAGUUGUAAGGCGAGAUUGUCACGUGUUGUAGCAUAAAGAUACGAUUAUGUACCGUUGAAUUGAUAACUGUUGCAUUUAUUUGAAUUUUUACAUAAGUCCGCGGACAAUUUUCCUCUCAAAUUUUGUAAUAAAACAAGCCGAAGACCUAUUCUAUGUACAGA